AUGUGCUCGCUUAAUACUAGCACACUAUGGGAUCCAAGUCCUUCAGGGUCCACAAUUGACUGCUUGUCCAUAUCAAACAAAGACAAUGAUCACAAGCGCCAUUCUUAUCUUCCAUUGACUCGUGACAACUUGUUGCAACACUCAUUUCAACAACAACAACAACAAAAUCCUUGCGCAAAAGGUGAUUUAUUCUCGAAAAGAUGUUACAGCUCACAACGAUCGUCAAGGAUGAAACAACUAUCUCAUGAAAGCUUGUUGACGGGAAGCAGCAGCACCAACAAACGCAAUAGCAGGUUGACAGAAAACAUCGUGAUCGACAUGUUGCCUUUGCCGUUUCCAUAUCACAAUGAUGACAUCUUCAUCCCAGCUGCCGAAUCCGGCUUGAAUCGUUUUGACAGUCCUUCAUCCUCGGCUUGUAGUUUGUCAUUGAAGUAUCGUCGUGUAUCCUAUCCCGUGUGGUGGCAUGAAUACGGCAAUCAUUCUAGACGACAAAGUGAGCAAUCAUCCACUCUGCAUACCUCCUCAACAUCCACUUUGACGUAUCCUUCAUCACCACCUACCACUAACACCACAUGCAAAAAGCCAUUUUCAAGGCGGAUACGAUCGUGGUGUCACCAUGCAUGGAAACGCUUGUUGCACCCAGCACGUCAUGGUGGAUAA